AUGGUUAAACAUGAACGACCUGACAUUGAGAUAACAAUGAAGACGAAAGAGAGAUUAUUGGAGCAAUACGGAUGGAUCGCAGACUUAUACAUGAUUGAUUUUUUUGUUGAUGAUCACUGGACACGUUUACCGUCGAGUUGGCGAAAUUGCUUCGAUAAUUUCGAUGCAAUCAGUUGGUUCAAUGUGUUGAAUAAUACCAACAGUGGCAACCUUAAUAUUAAGGAUAUUGAUAGUAGCAACAAUGAUAGUAAACAUAUAUUACCACUAUCAUUUAUUUGUUUCAAACGUCUCAUCGAUACGGUUUCAUUAGAACGCAAACCCGUAAAUGGGCUGAAGCAACUCGCUGAACUACUCGAAAUUGAUGCACAAUACGUUCGUUAUAUUGACAAUUUGUCGUUUUGUCUUCUCAUCGAGUAA